AUGACAGAGGUGGACGGCGUUUUGUAUCAGCUGACCGAGACCCAGGUCAACACAUUCAAGACAGCGUUUACGCUCUUUGAUAAGGAUCAGGAUGGGAAAAUAAGCUUCUCAGACUUCGGCAAACUCUUUCGGUCGGUGGGGCAAAAUCCUUCAGAAGAGGCUUUGCGGCAGUUGAUUCAGAUUUACGACGGUCAGAAGGGGAAAGGGCAAUUCAGCUUCACGGAGUUCCUGAAAAUCUGUGAGUCUCCCCAUUUUCAAGAUCCCAUGAAGGAAGAGAAAGUCCUUGAGUCAUUCAGGGAGUUCGACAGAGACGCAGCGGGCACAAUCACGAUAUUAGAGCUUCGCUACAUUCUACAGCAGUUAGGCGAGCGCUUAACGGAUGAAGAAGCAGACGAGUUUAUCGAGUGGGCCCAGAAGGCGCAGGAAGUCUUGGUGGAGGAUGGCGUACUGAACUAUGAGCAGCUUACGAAGGAGCUGAUGGACAAGGACCCAAAUAUCUUAUCGUAG